AGUCUUGCGGUAAUAUAACGUCACACAGAGACAGGCUGCCAGAUUAUCCUCACAGCUGGCAGAAUCACCAAACUCAACGUCCUUUCAAAACACAUUUACCAUUGCACUGGCUACUAACGGUAAUAACAUCCUGUUUCACACCAAAAUCCAGGGCAAUGCAGAGGGAAGGGUCAUGAGGAACGGCCUCAGGUUCAUCAACUGGAGUGAUUGAAGGUCCUGGUCCCAGACUAACCGUCCCUGAGUCAGACAGCGUCCUGGACCAUGUUAUUGUCCUAGUGUCCAGCAUGUGGUCUGGUCCCGUGGUCACUGUCCUAAGCCUGGUCCUGAGGUCACUGUGCCAGUCUCUCAGCAGAAGAUGGAUUCAAACUACCUGAGGAGAGUUUUGGGUGACUGUUUGACUGAGGGUCUGGCAGAAGUGGCACAACAUCGACCGAUUGAUCCUAUUGAAUACCUGGCAUAUUGGCUGUACAAAUACAGAGACAACCUCGACUUAGAGCAAAAGAGUCAAUUGGAGAUUGAGCAGCUGAACGCUGAGACACAAGCAGCAUUGAAGGAGAAAGCUAUGCAAGAACAGUUAGAAGCUGAACUGCUUGAGAUUCAGAAGGCAUAUGAAGAGAAGUUGAAGCUCAAGCAAGCAAAUCUUGAGCUUGAAAAACAACAGCUUCAGGUUCUGGCUGCUCUUAAUGCAGUGAAGGAAACACAAGCUAAGGAGUUGCAGGAAAUGGAGAAGCAGACUUCUGAGCAUGCUAUUACGGAAAGUGCAUCUUCAUUAGUGCCACCUGAAUGGUUUGGGGAACCUGAACUUGAAACUGUGGAAGAGAAAGAUGAAUCAACUAUUGCAAUAGAGGAUCAUAAUGAGGAAUCAUUGCCAAUAGAGGAAGAAUCCAAACCUGCAGAAGAACACAUCAAAGAAGCUGAGGAGGAAUCCUAAAAAAUUAACUGGUUCAACUCAAUUCUGCCCUGAGAAAUGGAAAUAAACUGUUCAUCAUCUGAUUUUCUAUUAAAUUAAUACAUUCUCAGUUA